CCAGGAGAUGGAAAUCCCAAGGAAAGUUCACCGUUUAUCAACAGUUCGGAAAUUGAUACGGGCAAAAACAUGGCUUUGUUUGAGGAGGAAAUGGACACAAGUCCUAUGGUCUCCUCACUACUUAGCGGUUUGGCGAACUACACAAACCUGACACAAGGUGUACGGGAGCAUGAAGAAGCAGAGAACAAUGAAGGGGCAAAGAAGAAGCCAAUUCAGGCUCCACGGAUGGGAACCUUCAUGGGGGUGUACCUUCCCUGCCUACAAAAUAUUUUUGGUGUCAUCCUCUUUCUCCGUCUUACUUGGGUGGUGGGAGUUGGUGGUGUUCUGGAAUCAUUCAUUAUGGUCCUCAUGUGCUGUUCCUGCACCAUGCUGACUGCUAUCUCAAUGAGCGCCAUCGCUACCAAUGGAGUUGUGCCAGCUGGAGGUUCAUAUUACAUGAUAUCUCGCUCACUGGGCCCGGAAUUUGGAGGCGCUGUGGGUCUUUGCUUUUACCUGGGAACCACAUUCGCUGGAGCCAUGUACAUCCUGGGACCAUUGAGAUUCUCCUGACGUAUAUCUUUCCUGCUAUGGCCAUCUUUAAAGCUCAAGACGCCAGUGAAGAAACCGCUGCCCUCCUGAAUAAUAUGCGUGUAUAUGGCACAUGUGUGCUUACCUGCAUGGCCAUCGUAGUCUUUGUGGGAGUGAAAUAUGUCAAUAAGUUUGCUCUUGUGUUCCUGGGCUGUGUGAUCCUCUCCAUUCUGUCCAUCUACGCUGGUGUGAUAAAGUCUGCAUUUGACCCACCAGAUUUCCCAAUCUGUCUCCUUGGCAAUCGGACUUUAUCCAGGAAGGGUUUUGAUGUCUGUGCUAAGUUUAUUGAAGUUGGCAAUGAGACUGUCACCAGCAAGUUGUGGGCUCUUUUCUGCUCCUCGCCAUUGCUGAAUGCCACAUGUGACCUGUACUUCUCCCAAAACAAUGUGACGGAGGUUCAAGGCAUCCCAGGAGUUGCCAGUGGACUUAUCAGAGAAAACGUGUGGUCAAGUUAUUUGCCCAAAGACCUAAUUGUGGAGAAAAGUGGAUUGCUUUCUGCUCCCUCUGGAGACCCUGUUGACCUGGACCAGCCAUAUGUAUUUAGUGACAUGACGACUUACUUCACCCUUCUUGUGGGAAUCUAUUUUCCAUCUGUCACCGGGAUUAUGGCUGGCUCCAACAGGUCCGGAGAUCUCCGUGAUGCCCAAAAGUCAAUCCCUAUAGGAACUAUAAUGGCUAUUGCUACCACAUCUUUUGUGUAUAUUUCCUCUGUUAUUCUGUUUGGCGCAUGUAUCGAAGGGGUUGUUUUAAGAGACAAGUUUGGAGAAGCUGUUAAUGGGAAUUUAGUAGUGGGAACACUGUCCUGGCCAUCACCUUGGGUCAUUGUGAUUGGGUCUUUCUUUUCUACAUGUGGAGCUGGUUUACAAAGCUUAACAGGAGCACCACGACUCUUGCAGGCCAUAUCUCGAGAUGGCAUUGUGCCUUUCCUCAGAGUGUUUGGCCAUGGCAAGGCUAAUGGAGAACCUACGUGGGCUCUCUUACUGACCGCUUGUAUCUGUGAAAUUGGCAUCCUCAUUGCAUCACUGGAUGAAGUUGCACCUAUUCUUUCCAUGUUUUUCUUGAUGUGUUACAUGUUUGUUAACUUGGCCUGUGCAGUUCAGACAUUGCUCAGGACUCCGAACUGGAGGCCUCGCUUCAAAUAUUAUCACUGGACCCUGUCUUUCCUUGGUAUGAGUCUUUGCCUUUCUCUCAUGUUUAUCUGCUCUUGGUAUUAUGCUCUGGUGGCUAUGUUGAUUGCUGGUCUUAUCUACAAGUACAUUGAGUACCGAGGGGCUGAGAAGGAAUGGGGAGAUGGAAUUCGUGGCCUGUCACUUAGUGCUGCUCGAUAUGCUCUUCUAAGGUUGGAAGAGGGUCCCCCACACACCAAAAACUGGAGACCUCAGUUGCUUGUUCUGGUCCGUGUGGAUCAGGAUCAAAACGUCGUUCACCCACAACUUCUUUCCUUGACCUCUCAGCUGAAAGCAGGCAAAGGUCUGACUAUUGUUGGCUCAGUGUUAGAAGGAACCUAUUUGGAGAAUCAUCCACAGGCUCAGCGUGCUGAAGAAUCAAUAAGGCGUCUCAUGGAAGCUGAGAAGGUAAAGGGGUUUUGUCAAGUAGUCACUUCUUCAAACAUUCGGGAUGGUAUUUCUCAUCUGAUUCAGUCCAGUGGACUUGGAGGGCUACAGCAUAAUACUGUCCUUGUUGGAUGGCCACGGAAUUGGAGGCAAAAAGAAGAUCACCAGACUUGGAGAAACUUCAUUGAGCUUGUAAGAGAAACAACUGCAGCUCACCUGGCUUUGAUCGUUACCAAAAAUGUUAGCAUGUUUCCAGGAAAUCAAGAGAGAUUUUCUGAAGGCAAUAUUGAUGUUUGGUGGGUUGUCCAUGAUGGAGGCAUGCUAAUGCUUUUGCCAUUCCUCUUACGUCACCAUAAGGUCUGGAAGAGAUGCACAAUGAGGAUCUUCACCGUGGCUCAAAUGGAUGAUAAUAGUAUCCAGAUGAAGAAAGAUCUGACGACCUUCUUGUAUCAUCUGAGAAUUAUUGCGGAAGUGGAAGUGGUGGAAAUGCAUGACAGCGAUAUUUCUGCAUACACCUAUGAAAAGACUCUUGUGAUGGAACAAAGGUCACAAAUCUUGAAGCAAAUGCACCUCACCAAAACAGAACGGGAGAGAGAGAUCCAGAGCAUUACUGAUGAGUCUCGUGGAUCAAUCCGACGGGAAGAACCCAACAAACUCCAGGUUACAUUUAAGUGUCCCGGAGGAGCAAGUGGGAGAUUGUGAAGAAAAGGCAGAGGAAGAGGUACAAUUAAUACAUGAUACAAAUGCAACAGGUUCGACCCCCCAGUCUCCUCCAGAGGAACCAGACACCACUCAAGAGAAAGUACAUUUAACCUGGACGAAAGAUAAAUUCACAGCAGACAAGAACAAAAGUAAAAGUCCUAGCAGCACUCCGGAAGGGAUAAGAGAUUUUUUCAACAUGAAACCGUAAGCAUGAAUAACAGGAACCAAUCAAAUGUUCGUAGGAUGCACACAGCGGUGAAACUGAAUGAAGUCAUAGUCAAAAAAUCUCACGAUGCAAAACUUGUUCUUCUCAAUAUGCCAGGCCCACCCCGCAAUAGGAAAGGAGAUGAAAACUAUAUGGAAUUUUUAGAGGUCCUCACAGAACAUUUGGACCGAGUUAUGUUAGUUCGUGGGGGAGGACGAGAAGUUAUUACCAUUUAUUCAUGA